AAAGAGGAUACUGCCGACUGAACUGUGAGCCUGUGACCCUAGUGUUGACUUCUCUCUCCCUCUCUCUCUCUCUCUCUUUCCUCUUCUCUGUCGCACAAAAAUGGCGGCGGCUCUGCAGGCAAAUAUCAGGCCGAUCAAUGUCCCAUGCGUGUUCAGAUCCGUGGCGAAGAGGUCUUGUAAAACGGGUCGAGUACUUUGCGCCGCCGCUUCACCGGCAAAACGGUACAACAUCACUCUCCUUCCCGGCGACGGCAUCGGUCCCGAGGUCAUCUCCGUCGCCAAGAAUGUGCUUCACCAAGCUGGCUCGCUUGAAGGAAUCGAAUUUAGCUUUCGAGAGAUGCCCAUGGGAGGGGCUGCGUUGGAUUUGGUAGGAGUGCCCUUGCCGGAGGAAACCCUUUCGGCUGCUAAGCAAUCUGAUGCAGUGCUUCUUGGAGCUAUCGGAGGGUACAAGUGGGAUAAGAAUGAAAAGAAUCUGAAGCCUGAGACCGGGCUACUGCAACUUCGUGCGGGUCUUAAAGUUUUUGCAAAUCUAAGACCUGCUACUGUUUUGCCUCAGUUAGUGGAUGCUUCAACCUUGAAGAAGGAGGUGGCAGAAGGUGUUGAUCUAAUGGUUGUAAGGGAGCUUACUGGAGGUAUUUACUUUGGAAAGCCUAGAGGCAUAAACACCAACGAAAAUGGUGAGGAAGUCGGUUUUAACACCGAGGUCUAUGCUGCUCAUGAGAUCGAUCGGAUUGCUCGUGUUGCAUUUGAGACUGCCCGGAAGCGCCAUGGCAAGCUGUGCUCUGUUGACAAAGCCAAUGUUUUGGAGGCCUCAAUGUUGUGGAGGAAACGAGUAACGACAAUAGCCUCUGAAUAUCCUGAUGUUGAGCUAUCACAUAUGUAUGUUGAUAAUGCCUCAAUGCAGCUUAUCCGUGACCCGAAACAGUUUGACACAAUUGUUACAAACAACAUCUUUGGUGAUAUAUUAUCCGAUGAAGCUUCAAUGAUCACAGGAAGUAUCGGGAUGCUUCCAUCUGCUAGUCUUGGUGAAUCGGGACCUGGACUCUUUGAACCCAUACACGGAUCUGCUCCCGAUAUUGCUGGGCAGGACAAAGCAAACCCAUUAGCAACUAUUCUCAGUGCUGCGAUGCUUCUGAAAUACGGACUCGGGGAAGAAAAAGCUGCCAAGAGAAUCGAGAAUGCGGUGUUGGAUGCUCUAAACAAAGGGCUCAGAACCGGCGACAUAUACUCUGCUGGAACUAAACUGGUGGGAUGCAAGGAGAUGGGUGAGGAGGUGCUGAAAUCAGUUGACUCCCAAGUUCCAACUUCUGUUUAAGUAUGUGUGAUAUCACAUGCAAGGUUGUGUAGCAUUUUACAUAAAAAAAAAAAAACCAGAAUGGUUAUCUCCCGUGAACAAUAAAGAGAUCUCUUUAUUGUCAGACAAGAGGACACUGUAAUGGUUUUGUAUUAGUGUUACACUGGGUUUGAGCA